GAGAGCGCUGCUGGCCCCAGCCAGGUGGUGCCGCUCGAGGUCACCAUGAGAAAGAACUGGCUGUGCCAAGCCGAGGAGGGUGAUUCAAGAGCGGGGGCAGGAAGGGGCAAAGCUGGAACCAUCCCUGGACCCACCCCCACCCCCCAGGGAUGUGAUCUACUGGGACCAGAGACCACAGUUCAUUGCUUAGGCAGCCAGGAAGAACCCACAUUCCACCAAGGCACAGUUCAUCCUGUCCAGAAAGGACAAAGCAGCAGCUGAUUCUCUGGCGUCCUGGAGACACCAGUUGAACUGAACGGCCUCGGCCCAUUGCAAUGGCUUCUUUCUUUGGCUGAACAAAAACUCUUCUGAUGUUGAAAUGGUUUCAAGCCCUUAAGUUGCUUCUUCCAGAGGUCUGCCUUUCUGGAGCUUCUCGCUCUAUGCUGGAGAAUUGGAUAUUGACCAUCCUCGUUUCAUUAGGCGUUGGCUCUGUGCUGGUCCUGGUGGCCACGUAUAUGCUGCUGAAAAAUAACGUCCAUGCCAAAAUCUUCUGGAAUGAGCUCGUUUUAGAGAAGAUCACCAACUUCGUCAUGGAUCAAAGCAAGGAGCAGAGGAUUCUGAAUUCAGUGUCGUACAAUGCCGUCAAAGGGGAUCCGGAGAGCGUGUUAAAAUGCAUUGAUAAGUACUGUUCCCAGUACGAAUGGGCCAUGAACGUUGGGGAUGAGAAAGGUGUGAUUCUAGACAAAACUGUUGAGGAAGCCGACCCAUCUGUAGCUCUGGAAUUUGGAACCUACUGUGGUUAUUCGGCCAUCAGGAUCGCUCGCCUUUUGAAACCCAAGGCUCGCCUUCUCACCAUCGAAUUCAACCCUGAAUUUGCAUCCAUUGCAAAAGAAAUCAUUGAAAUUGCAGGACUCAGCGAUAAGGUGACCAUCAUUGAAGGCCAUUCACAGGACAUUAUCCCUCAGCUGAAGAAGAAAUACGAAGUGGAAACCUUAGAUUUUGUCUUUCUCGACCACUGGAAAGAGAGAUACGCCCCAGACACUAUUCUCCUUGAAGAAUGUGGCCUCUUGCGCAAAGGCUCCAUCCUUCUGGCAGACAACAUCGUCUACCCGGGAGCUCCGGAGUUCGUCAAAUACAUUCGGAGCAACAAUCGCUUUGACUGCACUAGCUACCCUACCCACUUGGAGUACAUGCAGGUGGAGGAUGCCAUGGAAAAGGCCGUGUAUCUGGGAUAAGGUGUCGGGGAGAGGAAACUAACUAGGGUUCAACCUCUGUGUGUACGUGUGAGCACGUGCAACUUAGCUCUGUCGCAUUACUUUUCCAUCAUUUGGGGCCUCUUGCGAGUUUCAGAUCUAGAGCUGGAGUUUAGGUACCAAUAGCCAAGACGACUCAAGAUCCACUUCCUACACCAGUGUUUCUCGACCUCAGCCACUUUAAGACGGGUGGACUUCAACUCCCAGAAUCCCCCAGCCAGCUAACGGCUGAGGUCGAGAAACACUGCUCCAGCCUAUCCCUUUCAUUAUCGUAUGGUUUGUGAGCUUUAUUUUUUUGCUGCUUAGUUUGAGUUCCCCAGCGCCACCCCAAAGGCAGAAGCUGGCUGUGAGAACUGUGAGAACUAUUCAACAGUGGAGCAGAUUGCCUCUUGGUUGUGGGUGCUCCAUUGCUGGAAGUUUUCGUGAAAAGAUCGGAGAACCGUUUGUCCAAGAUGGUAUGAGGAUUCCUGCCUGGGGCACGGGGUUGGACUAGAGGACCUCCAAGGUCCCUUCCAACCCUGUGAUUCCAACUCCAGGGGAGAAGGCCCAUUCUUGUCUUCUGCAACCCAAUAGGACCAGAUGAUCUUUUUCAGAAGUGAUUGGGGAUUAGGGGACGGACAGAUUAUCUCCUUGCCAAGAAUGGUGGUGUUUUUGUUGUUUUGUUUUGUUUUUGGCAAAACGUGGAACACAAUAAAAUGUCACCCUCA